AGCAAACACUGAUUAUUGAACUACAUUAAUAGAAACAUUAAUGAAGCAGAUUUACCGGAUACCAUCAGACCCAUCGUUGUGCAUCGUUUUAUCAACCUGCUUCCUCAUCCAGUUUCCGUCAUCGGCGAGGAAGAUGGCUAUGGGCUUGGCGCGCAAACGUACGACAUCCGCAUCGUACGAUAUCGUAGGCUGGCUGGAGUAUGCGGUCAGUAUGCGCUCGGUCUGGCUGGAGCGCGGAUCGCGGCCGAAGGCGAGGUGCGAGGCCCCUCUAGUCCGCGAUGGAGCUGCGCGAGGUGAACCGCGCGUACGGGACUGCGGAGGAGACGACGGAGCUCCUGCCGCAGCGCGAUAACGCCGAGUACGAGAGCUACUUCAUCGAGUACGCGAUGCAGAAGGAGAUGAUCAAUCGCAACCGAUGCCCCGCAAGCCGACGAUUGCUCAGCCAGGCAGCGCACUUGGACGGUUUCUCCAACAGCAAUCACCUCAAGGAUUCACCAUGUGCCGGAAUCAGCAUGAUCCAUACCUCGAGCGAAAACUGGCCGCCCUCCAGGAAGCGCGAGGAGGCGACGGCCUUGGAGAAUCUCAGGAAGAGAGUAGAACAAAGUAAAUUAUACAAGGCGGACCGAAUCGUCGAUCCGAUUGUACCCACCUCAUCCUCGCUAAAUUAUGAACAGACUCAACAGCUGGACAAUCGGCCGAAACUUCUGAAGAAGAUACUCAGCAACCGACCGAUGAGUAUCACGCACGAUAGGAGCGAUUUAGAAACCGAUUGGCGUGACAGCGAAUUUAUCACCGAGUGCCUUUGCUGGCAUAACGUUUAUCGGCAACGACACAACGCACCUCCGUUAACUAUGUCGCCGCAGUUGUGCGAGUACGCUCAGUCGUGGGCCAAUCACCUGGCGCACACGAACACAUUCUACUACAAAAACGAUCGCAACGUGGGUCACAAUCUUUACUGUCGCCCCGGUGGGGGCGUACCUGGCGAUGUGACAGGACAGGAGGUCGCGUCCUACUGGUACUCGGCCGUGAGGCAGUACGACUUUCUCAAGGAGCCGGAUGUCCUUCACGCCAAUGUGAACGCAGGCCACUUUACCCAGCUGAUAUGGGCGAGCAGCCGCUACUUCGGGGUCGGCAAGGCGCACAGCAGGAGCGGCAAGAUAAUCGUGGUGGCCAACUACGAGCCAGUCGGCAACGUGUCCGGCCAGUUCCAGAACAACGUGCUACCACCGUUGCCGGAGAACGUGAACGUCAUGAUGUCGCCGCACGCGGUGCCGCGGAUACCACGGGGUCACUACGAGCUGCUUAGGUCGACGGCGCCGCCACCGUUGUCGGACACCGUGUCCACCGGCAGCGACACCAUGUCCGUCAGCUCCGGGCAAUAAUACCACGGCCGUGCGAAAUGCCUUCUCUGUAUCUGUACGCGAUGGACCGGACGCUGAAGGAAGGAGGCGUGCGACCUGUCGCGUGCUGUGAGUCAAAGACUUUCGGGCACGCGAGACGCGAUGACCGAUACGUCUAUCGUGAUCGAGUUCAAGGUCGCACGACUUACAAAUUGCUCCCUAACGAGGGCAGGGACUAUCUCGACUCGAGAUAUAUUUCUUUGGAAGAUUCUAAAAGAUUAUCUCGCUUGUUUUAAUCUCUUGGGCGAUAAACAUGCGAAAAUGAGAGAAAUGAUGCUUGAAUAAAUAUUAAUGAGGUCAGAAUAAAUGUGAGACACACGUGCGACCAGAUGCAUAAUUCACUUGGCAACGCAUAUAAUUAUUUUCCUGAUUGUACAGUUGGGAUAAUUGCAGUGAAAAUAAGCCGAGUAUAAAAUACUAGGCGUUAAAAAAGUCUGGACACGGUCAAAUAUCUCGAUAAAAAAGAGUUUUACUAGAAAGUGUCUCAGACAAAAAUUGUAUGGCUUUGAG